UGAAACCAUCAAACCUCCUGUCAGACUUUAGUGACAGUCAAAGAUGAGUGAGGAGGACCACGACUCCUCUGUGGCCAACAUGGACAUCGAUGACAACAAAAUCGCUUACAAGAGACUUCUAAUGGACCCCGACAAACUGCGCUUCUCAGUUCACAGUUUGAAACAAAACCCUUUCCGCUUGGCCACUGUGUGUCUCGGGGUCCUGUGUGUUCUCCUGUUGAUUGGACUCAUCGGGGAAUCGGUCAGCUAUCGCAAUAUGCAACAGGAAAACUUAAACAAACUACAAAGUGUCAACACUGAAAAAGACAGCCUCCAGACAUCUUUGUCAAGUCUUCAGAGAGAGAAGAGGAGCUUAGACGAGAAACAAAGAGAGCUGGAGAAAAGCUUGGAGGUGACAAGAAAAAGAAGGGAUCAGAUUCAAGAAAACUACAACUCUUUGGCUGAACAGACAUACACACUGAGACAGAGCGAGACAAAAUUAAAAUCCAGCAAUGCAGCGCUGACAAAAGAUCUACAACAGGCAAAUGCCACAGUGGUCAAGCUACAGAUCGACAAAACAACCAUUUCCACGGCUAAAGACCUUCUCCAGGCGAAGCUCGAUCAGGCGGUUAAACUUAAAACCACACUUGAGGGAAACUAUAAGAGUCUGUCUAUAGAAAGAAAUAACUUGCAAAACAGUUUCAACAACGUGACCAGACGCAAAGACCAGCUGCAGUUGAGCUACAACAGUCUGAUGAUGGAUGUUGAGUCACUGGAGAAAAGGCUGCACCUAACAACCAUUGAAAAAGACACAGCAGAAGCAAGUCACAUGGACGCGGCAACAGCAAGAAACACCCUGAAAGAUAUGUAUAAUAUUCUGCUGAAGGCGACGGAGCAGCUGAACUCUUCAUAUAUGGGCGUGCUGAAGGAAAAGCAAGAGCUGGAGAAAAGUUGUGGGUCAGGCCAGGUGGAGAGGAGCUCGCUGAUGGAGAAGAUCGAAAACCUGACAAAGGGGAGGGAUGAGCUGCAGUUGGAGGUCAUCAAACUUAACGGAAUAAUCGCAGCAAAGAAAUGUCCAACUGGCUGGCGGUCGCACAUGUACAGCUGCUACUACACUUCAGAGACGAAGAAGAACUGGAAAAACAGUCGGGAGUACUGCAAGAACAAGGGGGCAGACCUGGCUGUUAUAACCUCUCAGGAAGAAAUGGUAUUCAUUAAUGGGCUAUACUCCAGUGAUAAGGAGGUGUGGAUCGGACUGUCUGAUGACGGCAUAGAAGGACACUGGACAUGGGUGGAUGGGACGCCCCUGAACCCGAAUGCCACGUUCUGGGGUAAUGGGCAGCCCAACAGCUACGACGGUCGUAACCAGGACUGUGUGGAGUUCUGGCACCGGGCCACGGGACACGGAGAGUGGAACGAUGAGAGCUGCAAGAUCGAGCAGUUCUGGAUAUGUGAGAUGUAGAACAGAUACAUGUUACAGAAUGCGAUUUUAAAAUGGGUUUGUGUUUUUCAAUGCAUAUCAACGUUUGAAGAAUUUUGUGCAGCAACAAGUUGAUAAUCUGUGCCAAUUAAAAUGCUUUUGAUGUU